AAGUAUGGACCGGCCCUGUCGACCCUCUUCUUGCUCCGUGUUCCAGGGGAAUGGUGAGGCUAGGCGCCCUAGGCGUCCACCACGCCACGGCGGUCGAUGACUUGGUCGGUAGUCCGGCCGCGCUAGUGCUCCUCGCGCUCGUCGCGACGGUGGCGGUGGCGGCCGUGGCCGCCUUCGGCUGCGCCAAGGGAGCCAAGAAGCCGCGCCGGCAGGACAACAACGGCGUUUAUUACUACGGCAAGGGCCAUCCGCCGCCUCCUCCCGCCGGCGCGUACGGCUACAUGCCGCAGCAGCAGAAGCAGGGGCGCAGCGACCUCGGCGCUGGCGCGGGGCUCGCUCUCGGCGGCGCGGCAGGUCUGGCCACCGGAGUGAUCGUCGGCGAGGCGCUGAGUGGCGGCGGGUGCGGCGGGGGCGACGGUGAUGGAGGCGGGUGCGGCGGCGGGUGCGGCGGUGGCUGCGGCGGUUGUGGCGAUUGACGUGGUCGACCAAUCCAUCCUGUUGAUUGGCUUGGGUUUGUGUGACGCAGGGCAGGGGUAACCGGGUUAAUUAUGCAGUUGAAGUUUCAGAACUGUGCAUAGAUUAUACCUCUUUAGCAGUUUAGUUUGAUAUACCCGUACUGUACAUGUUAAUCUGUAUAAAUCUGCACUUGUUACGUGAUUAUAUUGUUAAGUCAG